GGAAGUGGAGAGCUAGCGAGGAGCAGCAGCGACCAGAAACGCAACACGGGAGGAAGCCGUGAAAAUCUCCUCAUUCUUUGCCCUCGACGUCUCUCAUACGACAACUACUUCUCUUUAGAGCCGAUAAAGCAACAUUUUUGCCAGCAGUCAUGUUCUUGAAGGCGGUGCUUUUCACUGUAGUUCUGGCUCUUAUCGGGUCACCAGCCGCGACGGACGCAGAUGGUUGUUCCACUCAGUCAUGUGAUUCAUGUGGAGGCAAUGACUGCCAGUGGGUUCUUUGCUCAACAUCAACUGUUAGCUGUCGCAACAUGAGUCUUGUGGGCGUCAACGAGUCCUGCAGCAAUGCGAGCUGCUUCGCUGUUGAAACCACCGCGAAACCGAACUCAACAGAACCCGGGAGUACUGUCGCUCCUCCCCCUCCCACUACAGCCUCCCCUACCCCUGUUGUCACCACCUCCGUCUCUAACAUCAGCGUCACCACAGACAAUUCCACCAUGAUUCCCACUGUUGCCCCCACUGGCAGUGGUAACAGCUCCGUUCCUACGACUGCUUCUCCGAUAACUGGAAAACCCCCAAUUACCACACCCAUCGCCCCCUCCCCUGCACCUCACAAGAACACCUUCGAUGCUGCGAGCUUCAUCGGUGGAAUAGUGCUGGUCCUGGGUCUGCAGGCCGUCAUCUUCUUCCUCUACAAAUUUUGCAAGUCCAAGGACCGCAACUACCAUACCCUCUGAAGCAGACGUACGUUUGGAUCCACUUUAUCUCCACCCAUCACCAACAACUAGAACCCUCCAGAGAAGCCUCCACAUCCACCACGUCGGACUCUAACAGUGUUUUCAAGCAGGUUUUCCAGACCCUUGAUGUUUGUGCCACUAGCUGCAGUUGUAGUUUGUAUGAAGGCACCCACAUAAGCCUCGAUGUAUGAUAAAUCACAAACUUGUACAGCUCAACAGAUCUCCGGUGAUGUGGCAUUUAAGCCUUGAGCAUAUGGAUUACAUCAUCUGACAGCUACUCCCACCUCCAUCACGUCGUUAGUCACUCUGCAAAGAGCAUUUUCCAGCAAAUCGAGGGGGUUCUUGUUAUUUACAGCCCCUCUCCUCAUGAUUAUUCCAUCUAAUACACCGCUUGAGAGUUAAAUAAUUAGUCAUGUAUUCAAAGUAGCUUUCCUGUUGGUAUCUGGAGUAGUACAGCUGCAUACUAGUAGCGUUAUAGCAUUUUUUUUUUUUAAUUUGGAAACACUGUUUGAGCUCACAGUAAAUCUUAAUGAGGAUGAUUCAGUGUUGCUUUUAGCCUCUUGAAUCGCAAGCAGGUUCCUUCUCCCUCCAUCUGUUGUAUCAUGUAUAUGUGUUUAUGGAUGAUGUAAAGGAAAAAGUAGAGUCAUUUAGGAGGGAGUAAAAGCAACACCCAAUCAUCUGAUGUCACAACGGAGAAAAACUAGCAUUCCCUCCGCUUUGACUUUUGGUGGCAUUUUGGAGGUUUGUGCUGGUUUUUUUUUUCUGGGGAUUUUUUUAAUCCCAAUAGUAGCCGUAAAAGAAGACAUUUAAAAAUAAAGCUGCCCAAAACAAAAGCAGCUAAACGCAAUAAAUCAUCUAACAGGUGAAUCUCCUGUCCUUUUACCUCCCCAACGGUAUUUUUUAUUUUUACCAACAUCAAAACAAACCCACUCGGGUUGCUAGCGUUGAGCUGGCCAAGGUAGUCAAAGCGGCCUGUGGGUCAAAGUGAAAGAUUGUAGAAUAUCUCAGAAAUAUGAAUAAUUAAUUUGUUUUAAUAAUGUAUAAUACAGAGAAUGGGGAUAUACAUAGAAUGGCAUGCACCUUCUGGAUGUGGACAGUGAUAGCAGUGAAGUGCCUUUAGUGUCGAGUGUGACUUCAAAAGAGAAACGCUCGAGGAUGAGUCUUUUUUUUUUUUUUUUUUUUUUUUUUCUUGGUCGAGGCCUGAGUGUUAUCAUUAGUUUAUGUUUCUAGGACAGAAACGGUAUCGCUGUGCUGAUAUUGGUGACAACUGUAGUAUCCCAGCUGGACUGAAGAGCCUUUUAUUGUUGAAGAUUACAAUAGAUAGAAGUCCUUGAGCAGUCAAAUUGAAGUUUUAUUUUCUUCUUUUUCCUUUAGGCAGAAGACUGUAUCAGUGCAUGAUGGUCUUCUCACUGCUGACCUUUUUGUAUGAAUAAUACAUUUUAGAGGUUCUCUCCCAUCUGUAGCACGCAGGAAUGUUCCAAAAUGCCCACCCGCUUCACUGUUUCUGUCUCCGAAGUCGGCUGAAAUUUAGAAACAUGAGCAGUGAGCUGGCAGGAGAUGUUGGAGCACUGGUGGGUGCUAUAGGUCUCAGUGUACUUUUAUUUAAGGAAAAGGCAGAAAUAUUGGGGUUAAUUUAAGAAAAACUUGCCAAGAUGGAAAGAGUGCAUUGAAUGUUGGAUAGUUUAAGUGCGAGUUCGGUUAAAUGAGCAUUGCAUUUUCAAUUUCUAACUUUGCCGUGUAAUGAGAGGAUUCUAAUUGUACUGCAACAAUUUAGUGUAGUUGAAUUUGUUUCCUCAGUUCUCUUAUUAGCUCGCUGCUAACAGUGUGAUUUACCCCCUUUUGUCCCUCCUGUACAUAGCCAUGUCCUAUGUUUUUAUACUCUAGGUUUCAACUUGAGGAAAGGCUAAAUGAAGGAGUGUUGAUUAAUACAUUUUGCUCGUAGUGGCUUGUCAGUUUCAAGACCGUUUGGUUUAGAGCCUUCUCUUUCUUUACUGCAUGCUGGAUGCUUGGAGUUGUGAUUUUUGUUCGCAUUGCAUAUGCUCUUUAGGAUUUAGACACACUGAAAAACCACUCGAUUAUUUGUGAACAGCCCAUAUGCUAGUUAAAAGAAUGCCUUGAAACAGUGUGCAUUAAGCCAAAGUCCUGAGUUUUGGCAUGGAGAUUGAGCAUUGCACUGACACUGUUUUUUAAUUUUGUCUUUGUAAAUGUUUUAAUUGUUCUGCCAAAAAAAAAAAAAAAAUUGUUGCUUGUACAAAAACUCAAUCUUGAAUAUAAAUCAAUGGAUGGUUCAUCACCUUGUUUGUAUGACCACAAAAAGAACUUCACGAGUACAGAUGUUUCUUUUCUUUUUUUUUGUUUUCAUAAUUUAGAAUUACCGUACAUGUUUUCUGCUGCUCACCAUUUACACGCCUUUAAAACUAUCACCUGGUGGCAUUAGGCUACAGCCCAAAGACCCCAAAUAUGGCAAGAAGGCUACAGAGUUUUUUGCCUUAGCUGCACACAUUUGUUCAUUCUUUGCAUGUGGAGAGCCUUCGUCCCAGAUUAAGAGAAAUAACUGAGUUUUAUUCACAGCUGGUAUGCUGUGUCACCACCUCGAGAAGUCCCAGUGCGCUAUUUGCUUCUGACAUGGUAGCUGCAUUCCUUCUAAAAUUCAGACUCACAUGAUGACAUUGCAGUAUGUCAAAACACCUUUGGUAUAAAUGGAUAACAAACAGAUGUGCAUUGCGUUGCCUCUCUGCAGCUUCACCUACAAUUUACUAGCUCUGCCCGUGCACCUCUUACAGAAAAAGUGCCUUAUUCAGUUAAUAUAGGUAUAUAGUUAAAGUUUGUAAGAUGAUAUGCCACACUUAUAAAGUAUCAAUGUGACUCAGCACUUUCAGCCCCUUGCUUAGUGGAUUUCUGUGUUGUAUUCUGCUUAAAUGUCUGUUUUGUCACACUCAGCCUUAACUUCUCCAUCAAACUCACCAAGCGUUUGCUAGCGAUAAGCUGUCCAGGCAAUUGCCAGGCCAUUUGUGUUUGUGGGAAAUUUGUUUCCUGUACUUAGUGGCUGUCAUUUCAGUAGUUUUAAGGUGAUAACAUUUUGACCAAUACCAGUUAAAUUGUAUUUGUUUUAAUACUGCUGAAGUGGCUUUAACCAGCUAGUAAAUGUUCGGCUCUGUAUACGAAGAAGAGGCCUGGUUGUAGCCAGGGAAGCUUCUCACCAGCCAAUUGUAUUAAAAACUACUUCCCAGUAAUAAUGUAACCACAGCCACAGACCUCUAGUGUUCUUAAAAGCAACAUUUCCAUCAUAUUGUAAACACUCACUUUCUUUGUUACUUACAAGUGUUGCAUUGAAUGACUUGGUUUUCUUUCCAGUAGGAUUUUUCAUGGAGGGCUCUCCGAUCAGUUUUUCGCCUUGCAGUGUAUUAUUUGAAGAGUAAAAAAGCGUUUUUCAUUCCCUCCUUUUGCCUUGUGACUUUAUUACUCUAGCACACACUGGCUGCAGUGCCAUUUCAUUUACAUUUUUGUUUUAUAGGACAUCAGUUUUGUAGGUACGAUUCUGCAUUUCGGCUCCCCCCCCCCCCACUUUGACACACGACUAUUCGCACACAGCCAUAAAGACACUUACAGGUGCCACAAUGCCUCCUGAAAUGUUUUGUGCUUCUUUUGUGCUCCCUAACUUUUUGCUCUCAAACUUUUAUUUUGUGCCUUGUUUUCUAGUGUUGCCUUUAGUUUCACAAUGUAAAACCAAUAAAGUUUGAAUAUUGUUAAACAAA